CACAAUGCUAUCCUUGAACCUCGCCGCGUUCGCCUCCGCCCUCCUCAUUACGUCAACCAUCGCCCUCCCGACUUCUGUGUCCUCCUCUCUCAGCACCCGCGCGACCACCGAACAAUGGAGCAUCCCCAGCAUGGAGCUGCACAUGAUGACCAAAUUCACCGGCCUGCCUGGCAACGGUCCCUGGCCCGAGAACUCCAAAUACCCUUCAACCAUCGACUUCGACAUCAACAUGCCCAACUACCAGAAUGGGCACUGUCAUACCGAAUUUUUGAACGGUACGUUGCCAGACGAUCUCGCGGCCUGCAGUGGCGAGGGAGGCAGAGUAAGGUUCAGGAUGAAAGAGUACACAGCUCUUGGCCCGAGGAGAAAGGAACUCAGCUUUGUGCUGCAGGUUUUCAGGGUGGAUAGGGUGCCAGGGCAACAAACUAUACUUAUGGGCGAAGUGGCAAUCACCGCGAAUGAUCCGCACGAACCCUCAAGCUACCUCACUUGCCUCCAGGGCGCACCAUUCGAUGGUUUGAGGUGCAAAAUACGCGGAAUGAUGAGCGUGAACAAGAAUCUGAUAAUUGAGGCUCAUACAUCGAAUUCGUCAGAUACAACCGCGCUUUUGGCUGCAUCUUGACCAUGCCGAAGACAGGUUGGGGAGCCGCAUAUAAAGGCGUUGGUGGCUGGGUAUGGUGGGGCUGGGUCGUUGUUUGUUGACCCUCGUCGCUAGGCGAAGCCGUUAUUGCUUUUUUCUCUGCUG